UCUAAUCAAUUUCUACAUAUGCAACAUCUAAAGACUAGAGAAAAAAAGACUGAUAUAUGAGAAACAAUAACUUCCUUUCUGUUUUUUCCAUAAAUAUUACUUGAGUUUCAUACCAAUUGUGGUUUAAUGAAGAUGUUACGUAAACAAUUGUAAAACUCAACUUUCUGUCUAUGCAUAUUCAGUUAUUACAGGCUUGAUUAUAAUGAGGAAGAGGAGGGGUGCAAUGGAGCUAGUUACGCCGAAACUAAUGAAGAUAUGGAAGGAUUGGGAGCUUCGAUCAAUGGUUUUAACGAGCCUUCUGGUCCAAAUAAUUCUCAUUGUCUUUGGAAGCAGAAGAAAAUAUAUUCGGAGAGCAAAGCUUAGAGCCAUUGUUUGGUGUUCCUACUUGUUGGCCGACUCUGUUGCAACCAUUGCCCUUGGCAUACUAACAAACAACCUGGGAGAUAUAUAUAAUAAAAAAGGUCAGGUUGACUUCCAUACAAAACUUCAAGCAUUUUGGGCACCAUUUUUACUGCUGCACUUGGGUGGCCCGGACACAAUUACAGCUUAUUCCUUGGAAGACAAUCAAUUGUGGUUAAGGCACUGUUGGGGACUAAUAGUACAGACAGUUGUGACUGGAUACAUCUUCUUCAUGGCCUGGUCGUCAGAUAGCCGUCUUUCAUUGCUAAGCAUUCCAAUGAUUGUGGUGGGAUCAAUUAAGUACGGAGAGAAGACUUGGACUCUUUGGCAAGCAAGCAGUGAUCAACUUCGAGACUCGAUGCUCACUUCUGCAGACCCUGGUCCGAACUAUUCCAAGUUGAUGAAUGAAUAUAGGCUGAAACAAGCUGAAGGUUUCUUUAUGGAGAUUGAAGAGGUAAAGGAUGUUCCAGAAGAGUUGGAUGUAGCUGCCCCUCCAGGAACCACUCCUGAUGAGCAGAAUAUAAUCAAAGCCGAUGCCUUGUUUCAAACAUUCAAGUACCUGUUUGUAGAUCUCAUCCUAAGCUUCAAAGAUAGGGAGAAGAGUCAAUCUUUGUUCCAGAAAAUGUCCAGUAAAGAAGCCUUUGAUGUGGUGGCUAUUGAACUAGGGUUCAUGUAUGACAAGCUGUACACAAAAGCAACAGUAAUUUAUACUCCUCCAGGUUUGAUUCGCCGCAUCGCUACUUUCUGUCUCACGUUGCUGGUGCUGCUGGUUUUCUGUUUUGAGGGCAUGAAGAAGUAUAAAAAAGCUGACAUAUCCAUAACCUCCAUCCUCCUCCUUGUAGCAGUUGUUCUGGAGAUAAUUGCGGCACUAGUAUUACUAUUCUCGGACCAAACCAAUCUUUGGUUGAUCAAGCACAACAAAACAUCAUGUCUCAAACUCAUUCAUUCUUUACAACCAUAUUUAAAGCAAAAGAGGUGGUCAAGUCAGGUGCCACAGUCGAGUCUACUUCGCAUUUGCUGCAAGAAGAAGCCUUAUUUUAUACUCCUGCAAAAGGUAGUGGAAAAAUGGCCAAGUGAAACUUAUGUAGAAGUCGAUGAUGAUCUCAAAGAAUUGAUUUUCAAUCAUGUCAAAGAGAAAUUUAAUCAUUUUCAGGAGAAACAAGAUGACGGCAAUUUUAGAGAUUUGUGCAGCCAAAGGGGAAACAACAUACUUCAAAAGUAUAAGAAGCAGACUCACCUUAGCCUUGAGUGGAGUAUCAAUGUUGAAUUUGAUCAGAGUAUCCUUAUUUGGCACAUUGCCACAGAGCUCUGUUACUUCUCAGAGGCACCUCUGAGUACAGUUACAAGUGAUAUUCGAUCAUCCCGGGAAGUAAGCUAUCGCAUCUCAAAUUAUAUGUUCCAUCUGCUGAUCGCUUACCCUUUCUUGUUGCCGGUUGGGAUCGGACUUAUCAGGUUCCGUGAUACCCAGGCUGAUACCAAGAGGUUCUUCAAAGAAAGAUUAACCCUUUCACGAACAAAGAAAGAAAACAGGAUUAGAUGUAACAAAACACCUCUUCAAGCCAGUGACAGUGAGUUCGAAGAGCAAGAAGAAGAAAACACCAAAAGUACAUAUUGGAAGUCAUUGCUUCGAGCCAUGAAGUUCGAGCAAGAACCAACGAUGUACCAAAUGAUUGCAGCUUGCCACAUGUUGCUUCGAGAAAACAUCGACGUUCUACCAGGGAAAGUGAAGGGGGAUAGCAGCAAGUCUGUUUUGUUCGACGCAUGCAGACUGGCAUCAGCAUUAAACGGAGUAACAGACAAGAAAGUUAGAUGGGAUAUGAUCAGAGAUGUCUGGUUGGAGUUGUUAGCUUAUGCUGCUAGUCACAGCAGAGGGAGCCAGCAUUGUCAACAGCUGAGGCGAGGUGGUGAGCUUCUAACCCAUGUCUGGCUUAUCAUGGCACAUUUCGGCAUGAGUGAGCAGUACCAAAUAUCUAAAGGCUACGCAAGAGCUUUGCUCACAGCAAAAUAA